AUGUCGAUGAUGACCACGGCUCAAUCCAGCAUUGCGGCUGAUUUGGAUGCCUUCGCCGAAGCAUCGUGGUUUACUUCGGCAUAUAUGAUUGCUAUGUCUAGCAUUACGCCCCUCGCCGGACGACUCUCCCAGAUAUUCACCCCGCGUCUAUAUGUGGUCUUCUCGACUACACUGCUCGCAAUUGGGCUUUUCAUCAGUGCCGCGGCGCCGACUCUGGCUGUGUUUCUUCUCGGGAGGGCCGUGGCGGGCUGCGGCAGUGGUGGAUUGAUGAGCACAUCCAUUAUCCUGGUUCUAGAUAUGGUCAGCAAGAAGCGCCGUGGGCUAUGCAUUGGCUUGAUCAAUUGCGGGUAUACCACAGGUGUCGCGUCAGGUGCGGUCAUUGCUGGGCUUCUGGCUCCCACAUUGGGAUGGCGAGUGAUAUUCUGGGUUCAGGCCCCAAUUGCCUUGUUGUUAGGACCAUUGCUGUUCUUUGCAAUCCCCAGACCUUCUGGCGACGAUGCGAAUCCAUUCAAACCGGAAUAUUUGCUUCCUAAUUUGGCGCGGGUGGACUAUGUAGGCGCCAUGACGCUGACCAUCUCGGUCGUUCUUCUUCUGACCAGUCUUGCAUCCCCACAAAUAAUUGUCUGGCCUAUCUUGGUUUCUCUGCCGUUCUUUGCGCUGUUUGUGGUGGCCGAGUCUCGAUGGACUACUGAGCCCAUAAUCCCAGUCAAAAUCUUGAGAGCUCGCGGGGUGAUGUUCACAUGUCUUGCAGGUCUCGGUCUCAUGAUGGCCCGGUGGUCUAUCCUGUUCUUCACGCCCGUGUAUGCCAUGGCUGUUCGAGGAUGGUCACCAGCAUCCGCCGGGCUGUUCCUGAUCCCCACAAACGCUGGUUUUGGAGUCGGGGGUCUGCUUGUCGGGUGGUUGCAUAUCCGUCAAACGGGGAGCUAUUAUAUCUCCUCUCUCAUUAUCUUUGUUGGUUUCGCUCUCGCUUCAUUGGUGCUCUCCUUUCUAUCAACGCCAGAAUCUCCGGUGGCCUUGUAUUUCAGUGUAAUAUUCCUGAACGGGCUCUUUGCCGGCGCAUUGAUGAAUUACACACUGUCGCAUCUGCUGCAUCUCACUAGUCCAGCUGUGCAUUAUAUUGUCACUGCUCUGUUGGCAAUGUCUCGUGGAUUCGCAGGAAGUUUCGGAUCUGCGGUGGGAGGAGGUUACUUCGCUCGAAUCCUCAAACCCUCUCUCGAGGCUGGUUUUGCCGCUCAUGGCUUGCCACCGCAGCCGGAGCUGGUGCGAGAAUUGCUUGGUAGCCCGGCUACAGUUAUGCGCCUCACUGGUACGGAGCGUCUCAUCGCUACUGAAAGCUAUGAGCAUGCUGUGCAGAUGCUGUUUCUGGCGGGAAGUGUUUUGGCGUUAGUUUCGACUGUUGUCCAAGCUGGGGUUGGAUGGACGCCAGAGACUGAUACGGGGAAUGGGGACUCAGAGGUCCAAGAUUGA